ACUAAUUACAACUAACUGAAUUGGAGAACAAAAAGUAAAAACUAACUAAAACCUAACUAUAAUGUAAAAUCCAAAACUAUUAUAACCUUGGUGCUGGCUCCCAUUAUUUAGGUGGGGACUGGUUGGCAUGACUUGUGCAUAUGAGAAUCAAAGAAGCAUUUCCGCAGUCGAUUUCAUUACAUCAUGUUGGUGAAGGUGAGAUUUGGAGAAACGCAGAAGUAUGUCAAAGUAGCUGAGACUGAAGAUGGUUAUGAUGACUUCAGCACAUUUCUUCAGAAAGUCAUUGUGAAGCUAGGUCUUCCUCUUGAGACUGAGCUACACUUGACAGAUGAAUCAGGGACAGAAGUUGAUGCAGAUGUGUUUGAGGAUCUUUUGCAAGCAGGGAACCUUACUGUUAGGGUGACAACUGAGAAGUCAACAGUUGUGCUUCAACAUGAUUUAUCAUCUACUUCGCUGGAGUCAACCAUGUCAGACAAUUCAUCUGUGUCAGUUUCUGGAGACUCCUUGCUAGCAUCUUCUGACUCAUCUGAUGCCACAGUGAUUGUUCACACAAACGGAGGGACGAGAACACAUGCUGAACGGGAAGCAGCAAAAGAGAUGGUGAGAAAUGCUCUCCAGGUUAAACCAGGUGGACAGGUUAUUUUGGAUGAAUACGAUAAACUGCGAUCACUGACGGAUGGCACAAGAAGACGUUUGGUAAACCUCCUUGUGGCCAACAUGGUUGAAAUUCAUGGGAUGAUCCCACCAGUCUCUGUGAGAACUAAAUAUGCUUUGGGCAUCAUCUCUCUAUUUCCCAGCCUCAAAGAUCCAUAUUCAGACAAUGGAUAUGAACACUUCUAUGACCAACAGAGUGGAUCUGGCUACUUGGCUUGGAGAAUAAAAACUGUUCAGCGCAACUCGGCAGCUCAGUCCCGGAGAUCCUCCACCAGCACAGCCUAUCAAGAUAGUCCAAAGAGAAAGAGAGAGGUUUCCUGCACCGAUAAGCAGCUGCUUGGUGAGGAGUGUCGUGAAGCGAUAUCCUUUUUGAAACAUUCAACUGAUGAAUCGGCAGUCAAAGAGAAGAUGAGGGCCACAUUUCAGUAUCGUCAAACACUGGUUCAAGAUCAACAGUGCUCUUCAACAGUCUUGGAUGUCUUCCCACGAUUCCUUAACAUCACUGGCUUGAUUGACCAGGACUUCACCAUGAUGUUUGGAGAGGAGGUGUCGGGCAGAUUUUUGGCAAAAUGGCCUACUUUUUUCAAACCUAGGAUCCUGACAGAGUGCAGAAAACUGACUUCUAAUGAGCACAUUGAAGAGCUCUUGUAUUCGCAGCACGACACAGGCUGGGACAGUGACCUGUCAAGCAUUCUACUGUUGCUUCACUUGCUUCCACCUACCUCCAAAGGCCACAAGAAGAGUGCCAAAAUCAGCUCAUGUCAAGCUGUGGACCAUGUUGUGAGAUAUCUGCAGAUGGGAGCCAGUGUCGAAACCUUCUUUGCUGGUGUGGAACCGGGACAGCCCUUCCUCCUGUGUGUUGGUGAAAACAAGAGCAGCAUCCAAAGAUACUACAUCAUCAUUGAUCACAAGGCCGUCCCUUGCAAGGCACAGACCUCCUUGGCAGCUUUCGAUGAGGUCUUCAAGGCACACUUCAUCUUCAGCGUCAACUACCAUGAAUCCCUCUAUAACUUCUAUACGUUCAUCCAAACCACAGUUUUUAACAUUGAUGUGGGACAUGCCAAGGAAAGUCCCAGAGUCAGGGAACUAAGAGCAAGAUUUUUGCACGACACUUGAGGUGAUAAAUAUCCUUGGAUGCAAAUAUGUUUCUUUGUUAUGUCUGUAAAGCACACCACAAAAGUUCUGCAUUGCUUUGUCAGCAUUUAAGACUCCACCAUGGUCUAUAUUCUGGA